UUAGCAACGGCGAGUAAACAGUCGUUGCUAUGUAAGAUCUACAACAAUAUGCGACUAUGGGAAGCACUCAUGGGGGAUCGUGCGCUAGCCAAUCGAAAGAGUAGUUCAGUUAAAGCCAUUGAAUCAAGAUUAAGCAGUGCCUUCCGUGAACUCGGCCACAUGACAGAUGUAGUCUGCUAUAUAUGAAGAUUUCGAUUUCAACUUUUGUGUGAAUGGUACACGUAUAACUUGAAGAUAAAUAAAGUUUUGUGAUUGACAUACAGACUAAAGUUUAACAGAGCUGUCCAUUAUGUCAUUUGGGACUCCACUGAAUCCAGUCAUUACCAACUUGUCGAACUUGAGAAUUCUUAUACCGUUCAGGAACCUGUCGUUGUCAGUACCACAGAAGGUUACUGUGAUAUCGGUGACAGUAGGUUUUGCAUUAAUUGGAUUUCUGGCGCGAUAUCUACGACGCCGAAGAAGGACCGUAAAUCCAGGAAUAUUUAGAAGAGGUGAGAAAAGAAUUGCGCCAUCAUCCCAGGGUACAAGGAGCCCAAACGGAGAUGUGGUAAGCCAACCAGGGGGUGGACGUCGCAGUGCCAGUCCGGGUGUGCGCAGCCUCCAUCGGCAGGGAUCUGUCCAGUCCUCAGUAUCUGGUGCCACCGUACUUCCCCCCUUCCUCUCUGCUGCCGCAGGCGAAGUUGGGACGCAACAGCUCACCCCACAGCAACUCGGCGUCAUGGGGAUGGAGGCCCUCGAGACAGCCAUCAACUACUGGGACGACGCCCUGGCGGCGUAUAAUUCCAUGUCCGGAGGAGGCGCACCCUUGGCCGUCACCAGUAGGGAAGAAGCCGAGUUCUGCAGGGACCUUCAGGGACUUCUGGAAGCUGCGUACAGACUGCAAGACCAAUGCGAGCUCAUGUUUUUGGACCAGCGAUCUGUGCUGUUCCGCACAGACAGCUCCACGCGUCUCCAUGGAGACGCCAGUACGGGAUUUACAUCUUCGCCGGAAUCCUUCGUUUCAGCACAGGACGAGGUGGCAGAUCUCAAGGAAUUUGAAGAAUUUGUCGAUAUCUUUCAUGAUUCAGACAGUCUACGACUUUACCAGUCAGCACUGAAGAAAUUGGAGCAGGAAGGCAUUCCAUACAGGUGUCUGCGCACUCAGAUGGUGCACUGCAGUUCCGAUAUUGAAUUCCUAGGCAAACUUCACUGUAUUCGUCUGGCAUUCCAGUAUCUCUUUAAAGAUAGUGCUACAUGGGUCUGGUUUGCAGAUACUGGGCGUCAGAUGCUGGCGGAUCUCAUUAUCUAUGCUGAGAAGGACCCUAAAGACUUCUUUAUAGCUUAUGAAGAUAUGCUGGACUUCCUCCAAGAUCAAAGCAACUGGGUCAGCAUGGAGCAGGAGUUGAGCUUGAAAGGAGUCAAGGCAAUUACCUUCUAUGAUGUUGUCCUGGAUUAUAUUCUGAUGGAUGCAUUUGAAGACCUUGAAUCUCCGCCGUCCUCAGUAACUGCUGUUGUACAGAAUCGCUGGCUGUCCAAUGGAUUCAAGGAAACGGCCCUGACAACAGCAGUGUGGUCAGUUCUGAAAACCAAGCGACGGAUGCUGAAGUUUCCAUAUGGUUUUAUGUCACACUUUUAUGCCAUCUCUGAACAAAUGUCACCUUUGAUGGCCUGGGGCUUCCUUGGACCUGAUGAAAAUCUAAAGGAUGUCUGCCAGUUCUUCAAAGCUCAAGUAAUGGGAUUUCUGGUUGAUAUCUUCAGUUUCCAGAAGUGUCAUUAUACUAGUGUGGAAGAACUUGCAGCAGACUUACUAACCCAUCUUAAGUCAAGAGUGGAAACAGUGAGCCAAAAAGUGGCAAUACCAAGCAAUGCAAACGUAUGAACAGCAGCUGCUGGUGCUCUGGUGCUAUGUAGAUAAUAGUGUAAAUUCUUGACUGAAAAUAUUAUAUUGAUCUGUACAGUAUUAUUAGUUAACAUGCAUAAUACUAAAUUUUAUUCCUUGCAGAAGAAGACGAAAAAGAAGGGGGAUGAAGAAGUAAAGAUUUGGGGGCUGUUGUCCUUUUAGAGAUAGAUACAAUUAAACAUAGUUCCCCCCUCCCCCAACAGUGCAAUUCCAUUUUUCUUGGUGGGGUGGCAAUAACUGUGAAAUGUGCAACUUUAAGCCUGGCUUAUUAUUGGAGCACCAAAAUGUAAAAUGUAUAUGGUGAAUGAGACUGCGGAAAAAAUUAUUUGAUACUCUUUACAUAAAUAGAUUAAGACAUUGUAAAGGAAGGAACAAUUCCAAAUGCAUAUGUACUUACUUGGAUGUUUUAAAAGAAAUUUACCAUUCCAUUGCAUAUAGAAGUUGAAUGAUUCAAUAAAGUGAAUGUAACUUACUCUGGGAACAAUUUACUUUUACUCUCAUGACUGCAACACAUUGUAUGCAUAUGUAAUUUCAUGAAGUUCAGCUCAGAGAGUACAGUAAUAUAGGAUCUACCAAAAAGAAAACCAGGAUUUCAAACAAAUGCAACUCAGGAGUGAAAACAAAUAUGAUAUUUAAAAGUAUAUAACGUAUGCAGUCUACACAACAAUAUUAUGUUUUCAAAAAA